UCAACACACCAGAGCGAGAAGUUUGAUUGAAAGCAGUCUUCAUUAAAGACGAUAAGCAAUUAUGAGAACUAAAAUGAAUGAAAACGAUGGCAAAAAUAGUGCAGAAAAGCAUAACAAUAGUCAGGACGAAGGAUCAAUACAGCCGGAUAAGACGCAACUAGAUGAUGUGGCAGAUGACGCUGAGAAGAAAUCGGAGAAGUCAUCGAAUUGCAUGAUUUGGAGCCAAAAUGUCCUGAAAAAGGCAAAAAUCAGUAAUAUGACUAGAGAGUUUCGAAAUAACAAGGAGUAUAAACCAAAUGUGACGACGUCGAUUUCAGAGAAAAUGAUGGACAAAAAUCGAUAUCGACACAUUUUCUGUGGAGACGACAAUCGCGUGGUUCUGAAAGAACGUGAUCCAUCGAAUGAUUACAUUCAUGCAUCCUGGAUGGUAAUGCCAGAUGGAUUUCAAUUCAUUUCAACACAAGGACCCAUCAAGAAUACGAUUGCUGAUUUUUGGCAUAUGGUUUACACAGAGAAGUGCCAUGUGAUUGUGAUGCUUUGUCAAUACAUUGAGGAAGAUCAGGAGAAGUGCCAGCGCUAUUUUUCUGAUACUUCAGAAAAAGAGUAUGGAGAUUAUCGAGUGAAAGUAGUGGAGAAGACCGUGGAAUUGUGGAAUCCAGUGAAAGUGACUGGUAUUCAAGUUCAGAAAAAGAACUGUCCCACCAAGCACAUGGUCUACCACUAUUUUUAUUACGAUUGGCACGAUCAAGUUGCUCCAUUGGAUCCCGCACCGAUGAUCAAGAUGUAUAAGGCAGUUUUGAAUAAGAGCUCUUCAAAGCCCAUUGUCGUCCAUUGUUCAGCUGGAGUUGGCCGUACCUCUACAUUUGUCGGGAUCUACUUAUCGCAAAUAAUGAUUCGCGAGAACUCUUCUGUUGAUAUGGUUGAAAUUCUGAAACGUCUCCGCACGAUGCGCCUUGGAGCAGUCCAGUCACAACUUCAAUACGUUUAUCUCGUUGUUCUUAUGAUUGAAUUGUUCAUUGAUGACAAGAUUAUCAAGAGGAACGCGAAUUACGAGUCGUUGCUCAAAAAGUAUGCAGAUGUGACCCGAAAAGUGACUGCGGCAAUUAUGGAAGAAGAAGAGAAACGGCGACAGAGGAAGAAAAGAGAAGAGGAAAAGGAAAAAGAACAAGAGAAGGAAUCACCUGCAACGAAAGAAGAAAAGAAGAAGGAAAAUGGAUUGAAGACGAAUCGUCAACGAGAUAAUCGAGAAGCUCCUUCAAAACCUCCCAGGAAAAAUCCUGAGGAACUGGCACGCUCGAAACUUCAAGGCCCAAGAAAGCUGACACUGAAAAAUAGAGAUGGAAACGCAGAAGAGCCGACAGCAAAGGACAAUGAGGAAAGAUCAACUGCAGAGGAUAAAUCGAAAAAUCGUCAGAAGAGUGUCUACGUCAAAAUGCCGCUGUCAUCAAAGGAGAAGGGGAGCAAGCAUGAAAGGGCUAAACAGGGAGCAAGAAAGAACGCGGCAAGGAAGGCUAAAAAGAAACCUAGUGUAACCGGAAACUAUUAGAUGAAAAAUUUUACUUGAUUUGUUUUUGUUUGUCUUGCUCACUUUGCAUUUAAUGCGUUAUUUUUGUUUUUUGGAUGUGGAGGAUGUUUGGAUGAUAAGCUUAAAAAUGAUUUU